AUGGAUGAGGCCGCUCUCCGAGGAGACCUGAUCAAGAUAUUGCCAGACCAGUUGUCGGACUCGGCAGGACCCGGUGGCUCUGGAAGGAUAUUCGUAUCAUUCAGCGAGGCCGUGCUGUGGUCUUUCCCGCUCAGCGAGUGUCAGACUUGGUUUGACUUUCUCGGCCAUUUUCAUGACUUCUGGCCUCAGACUCUGCAAUUCUUCCACCAUGAUCGACCUGUCACGGAGAAGGAAUGGCCAACAAAGUUCAACCUCGCGAGACACGCCAAAAUCACGCUGUCACUCAAGAUUACCGACCCUCCUAAGCCCCCGCCACGGGGGAUACUCAAAUCCGGCGAAAAGGACGCUGAUCGCCCGAGCGAAGAUGGAGAAGAGCCGACGGGUGGCCUCAAGCUGCCUAAUACGGGGAAGGAAGUCCCCAAAACAGUUCUGCACCCAGAGUCCGGAACUCUCCCCGGCUCGUCCAACGAUACAUUUCACGUCUUCACUUGGCUUCAGGAUGUUCAACUCUUCUCUGGAAAUUUCAGCUCAACCAUUGAUCGGGAUGCCCUCACCAGCCAUAUACAAGAGGUAGACGACUACCUGAAGCACAAGACAAGCUUCUCUGAUAAGAAGGCCUAUCGGGACUGUGGUGAAGUGACCAGGCUCUCGAGCUUCGAGUAUCUAGAGCAACAGGCAAGUCUAGUAGGGAAUGCUAAGAAUCGACCUCAGAAGCAACAAGACUACGAGGAGCGGAUAGAUAUCUUUAACGCUGCAAAUAUAGUCUUUCGCUUCUUUCUACCUACCGUGUACGAGGGACCGACAGUUGGGAAGUAUUGGGGCGCUAUCCGGGACCUGCUUGAAAUGUCUUCGGCCAAACCUGAACGUGGCUUUGGUCGCCGUGAAUCGUCCAGGCUGAGGAAAUCGGACGCGAUACUGCACAAUGCUCCCGGGAUUAGGAGGUGCUUGAGGAAAUUGACGCAGCCGAUACAGUCCUUCGAGAAGCUGUUCGCACACGCACGAGCCGAGGAUAGGGCCAGUGUCAAGAUUCCAGACGAGUUCAUCAAAGCAUGGCUGCAUCUUCUCAUGGGUCUGAUCUACAGCACGCUGGAGAUCGAUGUCUGGAUUAUCCAUACUGACAACGCGGAAAACCUCAUCAAGACUGGCAUGAGGCAGGUCGUCGAGAGGCUACCCAGCUACUCACUCCUCGACCAAGCUGCACUGCUACCCAUGGAUAUUGUCUCGAUGGCAUGCCUCAAUUUGUUCAAAGACAUGACCGGCAAGCUUCCCGAUAUAUGUGAGACAUAUUCCGAAUAUUUGAAGGCUCUUAACUCCAAUAUCACGACAAAACCAUCAGACCGGUAUACACAGCAACGUAUCAAUCUUCUCAAGGAAGAGAUCUCCGUGAUUAGGAAGAUUUUGGACUACCAGGUCGACAUCUGUAGUGUUCUCUACCCGACCCCACCCAAGCCUACAUCCUCUAGCACUCAGGCAGACAUUUUCGGCACGCAGGUAGUGGAUCGAGGCACAAGCCGCUCGUAUCAAGGGCACAAGUCGCGCGAACCGAGCCGGCCACAGAGCUAUUACGACCCGAGCCCGGGAUACAGUGCCAUGGACAAAGGCGCCCCCAAGAGCGUUGUCCACAGGCCCGAGCAAAUAGAAUAUUACAGACGGCCUAGCGAUAGAAGCAGGGUUUAUCAUGUCGAAGACGCCACGUACCGCACUACUGCCCCCAAUGAUCGCCACUACGACGACAAUUGGACGCUCAACGACUCGGUGCUGAACCCGCAGGAGUUCUACAAACUGAGCCCGACGUACUGGGGCGGGUUCCGCGACAUGCUCGCCACGGAAUGCAUAAAGCUCCUCCAGCGGCGAGCCGACGAGUUUGGCGAGUUUGAAUAUUACGCCAGGGGUCUUGAGCGGGAUAACAGGAACAAGGCCGACGUGACCAAGGACCGGCAGGAGAUGGCCAUCUACGCCUUCACCAUCGUGACCAUCGUCUUCCUCCCCGUGUCGGCGGUGGCGGGCAUCUUCGGCAUGAACACGGCCGACAUCCGGGACACGGACCUCAACCAGUGGGUCUACUGGGCCACCGCCGUGCCCGUCACCGUUGUCGUCAUCGUUUUCGGCCUGUGGUGGAUGGGCGAGCUGCGGAACGUCCUGGCCUGGCUCGGGCUCCGCCGCCGCGGGGACGAGGAUGGCAUCGGGCGGCAGCGCCCCGCUGGACGCCGGCGGCCUCCUGCUAUCCCCGAGCUGCCGUCGUUCCGGUCUCGUUGGGGAUGA